AACAGUCAUAAGUGUUUUUAAAUCACAAAAUGUAUUAUCUAAAUAACGAGACUGUUGCUCUUCCUUCAGUGGGAAAUUUUCCCCAAAGGGAAACACACUCAUCAACAUUAGAGCUAAAGACUGUAUCUAUAAAUCCAGAUGAUACCUACACUGUUCAGCAGGCGAUCAACGCCUUUGGUUUCGGAUGGUUUCACGUUAAGUUGUCGCUUUUGGUGGGGCUUUGCUGGAUGUCCGACUCCAUGGAAAUGGCCAUCCUAAGUAUACUUGGUCCAGCUUUAUUCUGCGAGUGGAAUGUCACAAAAUUCCAGCAGGCUUCGGUCACAACUAUAGUAUUUUUAGGCAUGAUGUUGAGCUCUAGUUUUUGGACGCAACUAAGCAACAGAUAUGGCCGAAAGUCGGCCCUCACUUUGUUUGGAGUAUUAUUAGUCUUAUAUAGUAUACUAAGUUCAGUGGCUCCCAGUUAUGCGUGGCUUUUAACCCUACGAGGGCUGGUGGGUUUUGCAAUUGGCUGCGUUCCACAAUCUGUCACCUUAUAUGCGGAGUUCCUGCCCACCAAACACAAGGGAAAGUGCGUAGUACUAAUGGAUUGUUUCUGGGCGUUGGGAGCUUGCUUUGAAGUUGUUUUGGCCCUAGUUGUCUAUCCUUAUUAUGGAUGGCGAGGACUUUUGGCUUUGUCAGCUACGCCAUUGUUGAUUUUUACUAUAUUAUCACCGUGGCUCAGUGAAUCGGCUCGAUAUUAUUCCUAUAACGGGCAUAAUGACAAGGCAAUUAAAGUUCUGGAACAGAUAGCUCAUAACAACAAGCGUCAUAUGCUGAUGGGUCGCUUGAUGGCCGAUGAAGAACCUAGUUCCACGGAAAGUUUCAGAUCCCUCCUUAGUUCGAACCUGUAUCGUACCACUAUUUUACUAUGGUUUAUUUGGCUGGCUUCGGCUUUUUGUUAUUACGGCUUAGUCCUGGUCACAACUGAGCUACUGGUGGCCAGAAACAAGGAGAAUAAUCCAAACGAAUGUGUGACCUUCAUGACCUCCGAUUUCAUGGAUCUGCUGUGGAUUACCUUAUCUGAAUUUCCGGGAAUUUUGAUCACCAUUAAAGUGAUUAAACUAUUUGGCAAGAAAAAAACUAUUGUCCUGCAGUAUUUAGUGCUUGUCCUGUGCACUUUGGUGUUGAUGUCGGUAACCAGUCGCUUUUCAACAUCCUUAACUCUUUUUAUUGCGCGAGGUACGAUAUCUGGAAUCUUCCAAGCCAUUUAUGUGUACACUCCGGAAAUAUAUCCCGCUGCCUUGAGAUCGGUGGGAGUUUCAGGAUGUUCCGUGUUGGCUAGACUUGGCGCCAUGUUGACCCCUUUUGUGGCGCAAGUUUUGAUGGAUUCAUCCAAAGUUCAAGCAAUGACCACCUACGCAUUCGUGGGCUUACUGGCUUCCAUAGCCUGCGCUUUCCUGCCCAGAGAAAAUGUUGGUUAUCAUUGA